AUAAAUUCAGAAGAGCUCGCUUCUUGAAGGAAAAAAUACCGUUAUUCAGGCUGAAAGUGUUGUCUUCUCGCCGAGCUAUGUCCACAUGACAUUAUAUACUCAACGUAAAAACAGACUUUGCUUUGAAAUGUGCAGGACGUAAUAGACGCAGGCGCAAACAUAAAAGCGACACCGCUAUCACAGCCACAACAAUGCACUUGUCCUUAGUUUGCCUCGCCAAGCCUGUUCUUCACGGAUACUUCAGAAGCUCCUGUUCCUGGAGGGUUCGCAUUGCUUUUGCUCUCAAAGGUAUUGAAUAUGACCAAGUUCCAGUCAAUCUAAUCAAGGAUGGAGGUCAGCAGUCCCACCAAAGUUCUCUUGUGCUCAAGCUGGCUGACGAGUACAAGGCUUUAAACCCCAUGAUGCAAGUACCUGCAGUUGAAAUUGAUGGCAUCACCCUGUCUCAGUCACUGGCGGUGAUCCAGUACAUCGACGAGACCAGGCCAGGGCCUCGACUUCUGCCCACAGAUCCAAAGAAACGCGCCCAGGUUCGGAUGAUAAGUGAUGUCAUUGCCUCUGGGAUCCAGCCUCUGCAGAAUUUGUACGUGAUUCAAAAAAUAGGAGCAGAAAAGGUGCAGUGGGCUCAGCACUUCAUCAAUCGUGGCUUUCAAGCUCUUGAGCCCAUUCUGAAGCAAACAGCAGGGAAAUAUUGUGUAGGGGAUGAAAUAUCCAUGGCAGACAUCUGUCUGGUCCCACAGGUCUACAAUGCAGAGAGGUUCAAAGUGGAUGUCGGGCAGUAUCCAACUAUUAAAAGGUUAAAUCAAACCUUAGUUGAGAUGGAAGCUUUCAAAGUGAGCAGCCCGUCUUGUCAGCCGGACACACCUGCUGAUCUGCGUGCAUAGAAUAACAACUCUGCAGCUUUAAAAGGCAGCCAUGCAAUUUUGUAAAUUGUUGAAUAAAAAAACUUUGAAAAUAA